UUGCGGUGGAGCUGAGAGCAACUGGGACUCAAAGAAGAGAAAGAAAGAAAGUCCGAGCCAGAUCACAGUUUUAAGAUCAAAAACCAGACGCACCACAGGAAGGCGCAGCGAAUUACGCACAGUCUCCAGUUUGGAUGAAUCUGCUUCAGCGCGGACUUUUAUUGCCUCUUUGGAAAUGUAGUUGCAUUCUUGAGAAAAUCUCAGGAAGACAUUUGCUCUUACUAGUUGAUGAGAGAAGUGAGAGCUGUCGUUGAGCUUUCGUUUCCUGUGUUUUCCCAGCGCGCUGCAGCUGGGCUGAAGGAGCCCCGCUGGGCUGACUUGAACACCGGUCUACCGUCCCCCGCUUCAAAACCUCGUCCAGUCCGCCGCCAGUCCUCCUCGAAAGUCGGUGGGGAGGUAAAAAAAAAAAAAAAUUAGUAAUAAUAAAAAUGUGCGACCUGAUGCCAGCCUCCCAGCCCGCGGAGAAAAUCGGCAAAAUGAAAAAGUUGAGGAGAACUUUGUCCGAGAGUUUCAGGAGUAUUGCUUUCAAGAAAGAGGACAACGGCUUUGAUGAGAUAUGUGUCACAAAGAUGUCCACACGCAGCUGCCAGGGAACGGACUCGGUCAUCAAGCCCCUGGACACCAUCCCUGAGGACAAGAAGGUGAGAGUUCAGCGCACGCAGAGCGGCUUCGACCCGUUCGAGAAGCCCGCCAGUCAGGUGAAGAGGGUCCACUCCGAGAACAAUGCCUGCAUCAACGCCAAGAGCUCGUCUGCCGGCAAGGAGUCGCCUAAACUGCGCCGCCACUCCAGCCCUAGUUCUCCCACAAGCCCCAAGUUUGGGAAGGCAGACUCUUAUGAAAAGCUGGAGAAACUGGGAGAGGGCUCAUAUGCUACAGUUUACAAAGGAAAGAGCAAGGUGAAUGGGAAACUCGUGGCUCUGAAGGUGAUUCGUCUGCAAGAGGAGGAGGGAACGCCCUUCACAGCCAUAAGAGAAGCGUCUCUUCUGAAAGGCCUGAAGCACGCCAACAUCGUGCUCCUCCAUGACAUCAUCCACACCAAGGAAACCCUGACUCUGGUCUUUGAGUAUGUGCACACAGACCUGUGUCAGUACAUGGACAAACACCCUGGGGGUCUCCAUCCAGACAAUGUGAAGCUGUUCCUGUUCCAGUUACUCAGAGGUCUGUCCUACAUCCACCAGAGAUACAUCCUUCACCGCGACCUGAAACCACAAAACCUGCUCAUCAGCGACACCGGAGAGCUCAAACUCGCUGACUUUGGCCUCGCCAGGGCCAAGUCAGUCCCCAGCCACACCUACUCCAAUGAGGUGGUGACCCUGUGGUACCGACCUCCAGAUGUCCUGCUGGGAUCCACAGACUACUCCACCUGCCUGGACAUGUGGGGGGUGGGCUGCAUUUUCAUUGAGAUGAUCCAAGGAGUGGCUGCCUUUCCUGGGAUGAAGGACAUCCAGGACCAGCUGGAAAGGAUAUUCCUGGUCCUCGGCACACCCUCUGAAGAUACCUGGCCUGGUGUUAACUCCUUGCCUCACUUCAAACCAGAUCGCUUUACAGUGUACAGCGCUAAGAAGCUCAGACAAGCGUGGAAUAAGUUGGGCUACGUGGACCACGCUGAGGAGUUGGCCUCCAGGUUCCUCCAGUGCUUCCCAAAGAACCGGCUGUCAGCCCAGGCAGCGCUGAACCACGAAUACUUCAGCAACCUUCCUCCACGGCUCUGGGAGCUGCAGGACAUGUCUUCUAUCUUCACCGUACCAAAUGUCAAGCUGCAGACAGAGAGCGGGGACAGCAUACAGGUGUGUGCACGAAGGAACAGUCAUGGAAAGGCAUCCUCUGGCAGCAAACACUGACCUGAGGCAGCAUCCUGCACAUGACUGCCUGACAGGUGGCAGUUGUUGGAAAAAAAAAAAAAAAAAGAUGAGGACAGAGAUGCUGAGAUUGAAGAUCCAGACGAAUGAAAGAGCCCCAGUUCUCUUUAUUUAUUACCUUCACAAUAUGUGUGAGCGGGUGUGCGUGUGUGCGUGUGUGUGGUGUGUGCAUGAGAAAGAGAGCGAGCAUUGAGAACAUACGAAUGCACGUGUGCAUUAGGACCGUACGUAAGAUUUCAGCCUAUCAUUUGCAAAUUUUGUUUACUUUUUAUAAGGUUCCAAUAACUCAUAUAUCAUUAUCACAGUAUAAACAAAAUGACUUUACUAUUGGUACAUAUUGUGUUUUGUGUUUGUAACUAGCCUCCUAUUUAAGAAUGUAUAUUUGUAUGUAUGAUAUACUCAUCUAGAAACUAUAUAAUGGACAGUUUUAAUAUUGCUUCACCUUCUCACCACUUUAUUGUUCUGCCAGGACACGAAUCAACAAACACAUAUCAGAGACAUGCAAAUGAGCAAAAACACAUCUACAAAACAAAAACAAUGCAGUCAGCUCACAGCAACAUGAAUCCAAGAAGGGUUGGUUUGCCUUUUCUAAUUUGUGCAACAGCAAGCAACAGUAAUAAUGAUAACAAUAAUAAUAAUAAUAAUGAUAAUAAUAAUGAUAAUAAUGGAGGGCUCUCAGGUGGUGGAGCACGUCGUCUGGCGGCCAUAUUGGAGGUCCUUGGUUUUGUGGUUCUUGAAAACAGCUCAUGUUCCUGUAAAUGUAGAAGUGUGCUGACCCAGCAGUGGAGACGUGGUUUAUUUGCAUCCGCUUUAAAGGCUGAGCUUAGAUUUUAAUGACUGUGGCUGAUUGAUUUUUUUUUUUUUUUUUUUUUUUUUUAAUUAUUAACAUAAUGUUAGCUUGUUAGCUAGCAAACUGUGGUAUUUGUCAGGUCACCAUUUUGGUAUCAAUCUGAUUUAAAGUGCACAUCUAUUUGCUAGUAGUAAAUAGUAAAACUGUUAGCAGUUCUAUAUGAACGUAGUAAUCCUUGUCAGCUAUUUCACUUCCUUACCUUCCAGGUUGCAUAUGUGGACAUUCUUAAAGGAAAUGUAGGCUAUUUAUCGCGGCCUUAUUUUCGUAGUUUUGACCAUCAUUCUGAACAGUUAUCAAAAGAUUUCACUCAGAUUUAGAGAGAGGAAUCCAUUAGAAAGAUGGCCAAAACUGCAAAAGUAAGACCCUGGUUGUAGAGAAAUAUUAGUUAGAAGGAUUCUCCUUAGAAUUUCCAACGGACCUCCAUGAUGGAGCCAGAUCUGGCUGAUAUUUUUUUUUUUUUGUGUGUUUUGUGUUGCGACUGAAAAGCCUCUCGAACAUAAAUCAUCUCUGCUGGAGAUGUUGACGGUGCACACAUAACAGGGACAGCACCAAACCAGUGUGCACAAGAACCCAGACGCAACACUCUAAUGGACAACAGCUGUAACUGUGUGUGUCUGAUAGAGACGUGUGAGUGUGUGUGUGUGUGUGUACUAGUGAGUGCAUUAAACAUGGGCAAUAGCUAAGCAUUGGUGCUUCCAUCCAUGUGGCAAUAGGCUGUGUGGCCUAUGGUUUGAUUUGGCCCACGACAAUCCUCAUUUUCACUUUAUUUGAUACCAUUUAAAUGAUCUGCAAUAUUCUAUCCGAAACAGAUGAUCUAUGUCAAUCACUGCAACUUUUUGUUCAGUUUUAGGAGUCAAAUGUGAUAUUAAUCUGGAGCUUUACUUACCUGAUAAAUUAGGCAAAUGUAGGGAUGAGUGCUUUGCAGUGUGCGGUUGUGUGUGUGUGUGUGUGUGUUUGUGCAGUAUGAGUAGUUUAGGUGGUGUUUAACUUUGAUCAGUCCCUCCACCACCAACAUGUCCUCUCACGCAGAGAUUUCCCCCAUAUGUGUGCUAUACUCAACAUCCUACAUGUUCUAAGUGUUUUGGAACUUUCUAUGACACCAUGACCAAGGUUGGCUGUAUAAUGUGGUAUCAUCUGCAAAGAUGUUGAUACAGUUUUUGGUCUUUCUUUUGAUGUUUUGUGUGAAUAUAUCUGAAUAUUACAGCUUAAACAUAUGGUAAUAAUUGUGAAGUACUAUCAAUACAAUGGCUUCCUCUUUAUCAAUCAGUUUGAUAUUGACUGAAACAAUAAUUUUGGCCCUACACUGUUGAUUAGCCGAAGAGGUGAGGCUGCAAAUGUGAAGCCAUGGAGAACUGGCAACUGUGGAUACUCAUCAUAUCUGUCCACAGCCUCUUAAACACACACACACACACACUUACAAUAUAGCUAUCUUGCCUGCUAGGAUACACUACCUUCACCUAUCUAGUCCUAUCAGCUACAGUACAGUUUAACCCUCAACCCCUCCAGCUGGCAUUGGCUUUGCAGGUUGUCACAUUCGUGGAUAGGUUCUGUUUUUCACAUGUCCAGAUUAAUACAGUACUCACAUAAAGUAAUCACCCCCCAUUUCUCCAGUCAUGAGGUGAUACUUUCAUAGAGUGACUACACUGUAAGAACUUUUCAGCAAAGUCUACAAACAUAGUUCUGUGUGGAAAUACAUUCUGCAUUAGUAGAAUCGAACUGUUAUCUCCACCUCCGUGUAAGUCCAAAUAUCAUAAGGUAAAAAAGCGUGUGUUAUGGACACAGACGGGGUGAAUAAAUGGUGAUGGACGUGAAGCAUGUGACAUUAACAUCACUUCAAAUGAUCUAAAAAUAAAAUGGCGGCUGUAGCCGUCCUCUAACUGCUACAUGAAACAAACAUAAAUGCCAUAUGUCCAUCUUGUUUUCCUCAGGCUUUUCCAGAGUUUGAGGUUGCCAUUAAUGGUACCAGGCUGGAGAAUUGGUUCCACCAAUUGCUCUGAAUUUCGAUGUAAGCAACUCUGAAUAUUUGCGCGACAGUAGCAGAUUUUCUUAUGAUGAAUUUUUUUUGGAAAUAUGAUUCAAAUUUGUGCAAACAUUUGGAUGGAAACUUGGCUGCUGAAUUUUCGUUUCGGCAGAAUGCAUUUUUCCACAGAGCAAGGACUGUGGAUUUUGUCCUGUAUCUUUUACAGUGCAGUCACUCAAUGAGGCGAUGGCUUUACAAUUACAGAGACCCAUAGCUCUGUCAACAUAGAUAUAGCAUAAUAUCUGAACUUAGCUUUUAAAGGAGGAAAAGCAAAGAGAAGGAAUUGGAGUAUAAUUGCAUUUUAUCAUGACUGUGUGCCAGUCUAGCUUUUCUGACCAUAGAGAGUAGUGGUUCUGGGGCAAAAAAUAAAAAAUUAUGGGCUAAACUCUCCUCAAUAGUGUUUUGAAAAUGCACUUUAAAGAAAAAUCAGCUUGCCAUUACAUUCCAGCCUGUAUGGUCAAUUUUAUGCACUUGCUUUGCCCUGAAAGAUAAAAUUAAUAAUAUAUAUAUAUGUAUGUAUACAUAUAAAUAUAUAUAUACAUAUAUAUAUACACAGACACACACAGACACACACAAAUAAUGUAAAUAUUGUCCGUGGUUUUGAACCUUUACCACAGAUUGAGGAGAGCUUGUAGAAAUGCUGUACUUGAAGUUAUCUGGUGGCUUUUCAGUGACAUCCCCCGGGCUGUGAUUGUGCAGCGCAAAAAAAAAAAAAAAAGGGGGAGGAGAGGCGAUGGGUAAUGCCAGUAAAGCGCCGUGACAGAAGACUG